GUGGGAUAAGUAGAGACAAGCGCCUGGCCCGCUCCCCUCUUGGUCAAGUCGGUCCGCACCAGUUCAUUGAGCAUUCUGAUUCAGUAUUCGUACCUAUCCUACCCAAAUGGCAACAACGCAAGCAAGCCCAAUCCUAGAGCAGCAGUUUGUUCGGGACUGUCCUUCUGACGACACUUUGGCCAUCGGUGGCUUCGUGAAGGCGAAGUAUCUUGAAAAAUGGGACAACAAUGCCGGCUGGAAGUUGAAGACAGACCAAAUGUCGACGCUAUCCGUAGCCUGCGCCCUAAAUUUGGUGUCCCAAGGAGUCAUUACGAAGGAUGCAACAUGGCCUCGAAUGUCCGAAAGAUGUGUGUUCCGGGACCAACUCACUGUUGCUCGGGGCACCGGGUUCUUGGUCCAUCCGGAUGGGAUCAUAGCGACUUGUGGACACUGUGUGUUCACGAACGAUUAUGGGAAAAACCCAGAGAAGCCUCCUCUUCCAGAGAUAUCGAGUCUUGCCGGCACACCUUUCUCCCCGGACCCCGUCUCGCUGGGCGUGACGGAUCUGGCCAUGCUGAAGAGGGGUUCCACUGCAACCCGUGAUCUGGAGCAAGACAGGUUUGUCUUUGGUCUAACGCAGAAGUAUGCAGAAAAGAAUGCGCCUCCUAUACCUCAGUCAAAUGUAUGGGCCUUCGAGCGCGUCCUCUUCGGCCAGAAUGGCUCGUUUGACACUAGGAAUACAGCUAAGGAGGUGCGCCUCAGUCCAUUCGAUAGACCAGACUGGGCACUGGUCCGAUUGAAGCCGAUGCAGGGAUCAAAGCUUCCACAACCGUUGCCUCUCUUUAGGGGCAAUAUCGACGAGGUCGUGACCGGAGCACCCAAGCUGAAAAGAAUUGGGCACCACUGCGGCAAUUCUCUGAAGAUCUGCGAUACUGCUCCCACGGCAGGACAGUGCUCCGCAAAGGCAUAAAGGCUGGGGAAAAGAGCACACCCAGGCCUUGGGGUUAUGG